CCCAACUGCUGCUCUGCCUGGGCCCGCAGCGUCCACUGCCUGUAUAGCUGCCACUGGAGGAAGUGUCCCAAGGACAGGAUGAAAACCAGCCAGGUGGAGUAGGGAUGGGGGCACCUGAAAUCCAAGGCAGAGGCCUCGUGAAGGGGAGGAGGCGGCUAAGGAGGCCACUGCGCUCAGAAGCAGCUGGGGGUGGAGGGAAGGGGCUUUCUCUCCCCAGGAAGAAAAUCUCUCUCAAAUAUGGAAAGAGCUGCUGGCAGAGCAGAGCAUCCCAACGCCUGGCAGGAAGUCCCUUUAAGCUGCCAUCCGUUGGGGACUUUGAGCUGAAAGUGGGAAUCGGCUGUGAGCUUCUCUCCUGCUCCUUUACAGUAUUCCUGUUCCGCCAGUGGGGACACUGGAUGGACUGGUCCCUGGCAUUUACGCUUUUUGUCUCUCUACUGGUCACAUAUGCGUCCCUGCUAUUGCUCCUGGCUGUGCUCCUGUGGUUCUGUGGCCAGCCUCUACAUCUGCACAGUGUCCACAAGGUGCUGCUGCUCCUCAUUGUACUUCUUGUGCUCGCUGGACUCGUGGUCCUGGAUGUCCAAUGGCAGGAGGAGUGGCUUAGCCUACGUCUGUCACUGUGGGCCACAGCCCCGUUCCUUCACAUUGGAGCUGUUGCUUUCAUCACCAUCCUGGCCUGGCCUGUGGCUGAUAACUUCUACAAUAUCCACAAAAGAGGCCACAAGAUUGUGCUACUGUUCGUGUAUUUUACAAUUGUCCUGGCCAUCUACCUGGCCCCCCUAUGCAUCUCCUCAACCUGUAUCAUGGAACCCAGAGACUUAUCCCCCAAGCCUAGGCUGGUUGGACACCGAGGGGCCCCCAUGCUGGCCCCCGAGAAUACCCUGAUGUCCCUGCGGAAGACAGCAGAAUGUGGAGCUAAUGUGUUUGAGACCGAUGUGAUGAUCAGCUCCGAUGGGAUCCCUUUCCUCAUGCAUGAUGAGCACCUGAGCAGAACCACAGAUGUGGCCUCUGUGUUCCCAACUCGAAUCACCGCCCACAGCAGCGACUUCUCCUGGGCUGAACUGAAGAGACUCAAUGCUGGAGCCUGGUUCCUAGAGAGGCCACCCUUCUGGGAGGCCACACAGCUAUCAGGCCUUGAUCGGAAAGAGGCUGAGAAUCAGACAGUACCAACAUUGGAAGAGUUAUUGAAGGAAGCUGCAGUCCUCAACCUUUCCAUUAUGUUUGAUUUGCGCCGCCCACCACGAAACCACACAUACUAUGACACUUAUGUGAACCUGACAUUGGAGACUGUGCUGAAUUCAAGGGUUCCUCAAGCCAUGGUCCUUUGGCUCCCAGAUGAAGAUAGGGCUAAUGUCCAAAAACGGGCACCCAGAAUGCACCAGAUAUAUGGACAGUUGGGAGUCAACAGAACUGAGAGGCCCCUGUUUCUCAACCUCCCCUAUCAAGACCUACCACAGUUGGAUAUAAAGGCACUGCAUGAGGAUAAUGUCUCGGUGAACCUAUUUGUUGUGAACAAGCCCUGGCUUUUCUCCAUACUCUGGUGUGCAGGGGUGGAUUCGGUCACCACCAAUGACUGCCAGCUGCUACAGCAGAUGCGUUACCCCGUCUGGCUUAUGCCCCCUAAAACCUACCUAAUGAUAUGGCUCCUCACUGAUUGUGUCUCCACCCUGCUGAUUUUGUGGCUGUUCCUCCUCCGUGGGCUUAGAAACAGCUGUGCUGCUGACCAGGAUCAACAAUUUCAUAAUGGAGUGAAUGCCCUGCCCGAGGCCCCCACCAGCCAGAGUCUGAGGCCUGUCUACAUCUGUCAACAGCAAGGAAGGGAGCAUGGCUACAGUAGAAUGGUGGAGUGAACUUUGAAUUAUGAGGGAAAUGGUGGAUAUGCCCCAAGCUUCUAUGGAAUCUUCUCCCCUUUGGGUUUUGACCUGAGGUGGUGGUGGAAGACAGUAAAUCAUGAGAAAUGUCUCCCAAAAUAAAACGUUCUAGAACAGGGGAGAUUGCCAAGAAAAUGUUUCAGACUUGUGUGCACAUGUUCUUGUGUAGAAAGCACAGGGUGUGUCAGGGAUGGAACAGCUUGGAACAGUGACUGAAGGAGAGAUGAAAACGGCCUUCCUGGAGAACCCACCCCACUCCAUUCACUGUGUCGCCCCAACCACUGCAAUUUAGCUGCUUUCCUGCAUAGAGGCUGGGAGCUAAAGAGCCCAUCUAGCCACGUAGUUCUAUGCCUACAGGUGGCUUUUUACUGCGUACAGCCUUUUUCUUCAAGACACGUUGGUUCGUGUUUCUUGUCUAUUAAUCCUUUUCUGAAUGAAUUUAAUUUCCAUUUG